AUGAAUAUAUUAGGGGGGGGGGGGGUGUCAUUGUGCAAUGAGGAAGGUAUCGCUGAGCUGCCAGGUUAUAGCCUGCCCCCCACAUAUAACAACAAGCUUGAAUACAAGCUAGCUUAGUUUGUUAGCUAUUGUGUACAGGUGACAUUUUUUGUAAAAGCGGAAUGGUAUUUAUUAUUUAUAGUCGACUCAAUACGCAACAUUGCGGGGGUGUGAAGACAUAAAUACAUACAUAUAUAGAAUUAAUACGCUCGACAUCGCGGUAAUCAAGCAGCCGUGUCUUGCUAGCCGGGACUGCGACACUUAGCCCACACGGCUAAGCUAACUGCUCUGCCAUCGAGCGGCGGCUCUCCUUCGGCUGCGAAGCGGACACAGAGAGGGCGGCUUCUUGAGGACAGCGGGGGCUCUCGAAUGAUCCCCCCGUUCAUCCGAUGAACCCCCCCUUUAACUCCAUGAAACCUUCCCUGCCUCCCAAUCCGCAAAGCAGCGACGGGCCCUUCCUGAAUGACCCAGUCUCCUGGCAACCAGGAACCAAUCAGCACCCAGGAUCUCUCUCGGUAGUAACCACAGUGUGGGGCGUGACCAAUCCCACACACAGCCAGGUCUUCUGUGCGCCCAUGGGUCCGGGUGAGAGCUCUGGCGGUCACAUGAUGCCCGGCGGCGGCGGCGGCCCCGGCAUGGGGCCCCAGUUCAUGGGCCAGCAGUCGUACGGAGACGUGUCCAAAGGCUACGGCCAGCCGGUCAUGUACGGGCGACCCAGCGGGGGCUACAACCCGGCAUCGGCCUACGGGGGCAGUUACCCCGGUAACAGUGGAGGUGGCGGUAUGGGUGUGCGCCCUCCCUCGGACUUCACUCAGGCUGCCGCCGCCGCCGUCGCUGCCGCCGCCGCCACGGCAACGGCCACCGCCACGGCAACAGUCGCUGCGAUACAAGAGAAACAGAACCAGGAGCUGAACUAUGGCCAGAUGGGGGGCGCGUCUUCUUACAGCACCCAGUUCAUGUCUCACGCGGGCCCCCGCGGCCCCCCGGGGAUGGUCUCCUCCAGGCCGGGACCCCCCCCCUCCAGCGGAGGCCUGUACCCGAGUCACCCGGCACAGGCUCAGAAGAUGCCCCAGCACGGAGGAUACCCUGGUCCUCAGCAGGGGCUCAAGCGGCCCUUCCACCCAGAGGGUUUCCCGGGGCAGCAGUACGGCUCGGGGGGCAUGUCGGGGUACCCCACCCAGCCCCUGCAGUACCCCUCGGGUCCGCAGCAGCGAUGCGGCCCCUCGCCCUCCUACCCCCCCGGCCGGAUGCCCCUGAUGGGGCAGUACCCCCCCGGAUCACACAACCCGGGGCAGUUCCCCCCCGGAGCCGGCCAGCCCACCCCCCCCCAGUACUAUAAGCCGGAGCCGUUCAACGGUCAGGGCAGCCUUCCGUCCGGAGGGGGCGGGGGCUACAACGCCUUCACCCAGGCUGCCGUCAGCGGGCCAGGCCGGGGGGGCGUGAUGCCCGGAUACCCCAGUUCACCGAUGGGGGGGAACCCCACGCCGCCAAUGACGCCGGGGACCUCCAUACCCCCCUACCUGUCCCCGGGCCAGGACACCAAGCCCCCCUACCUGCCGCAGGACACCAAGCCCAACAUCAACGCCCAGCAGGUGUCCACAGGUGAGCCGGAGCGCCCCCCCCCCCCCUUUCUUUUUCUUCUUCUUCUACAAACUGCCGUGUUGCUGCUCCCCAACAUUGAACCCUCGACUUGUUCGGCAGGAAACCCGAGCGACGACCUGCGGCUGACGUUCCCGGUGCGCGACGGCGUGGUGCUGGAGCCGUUCAGGCUGGAGCACAACCUCGCCGUCAGUAACCACGCCUUCCAGCUGAGAGACUCCGUCUACAAGACGCUCAUGUUGAGGCCGGACCUGGAGCUGCAGUUCAAGUGUUACCACCACGAGGACCGGCAGAUGAACACCAACUGGCCGGCGUCUGUGCAGGUGAGCGUCAACGCGACUCCUUUGUGCAUCGAACGGGGCGACAACAAAACCUCCCACAAGCCUUUGUACCUGAAGCCGGUGUGUCAGCCGGGACGCAACACGGUUCAGAUCACGGUGACCGCCUGCUGCUGCUCCCACCUGUUCGUCCUGCAGCUGGUGCACCGGCCCUCCGUCCGCUCCGUCCUGCAGGGUCUGAUGAAGAAGAGGCUGCUGCCGGCCGAGCACUGCAUCACCAAGAUAAAGAGGAACUUCAGCAGCGGCACCAUCCCGGGCUCCACCGGGCUGAACGGAGAGGACGGCGUGGAGCAGACGGCCAUCAAGGUGUCCCUCAAAUGUCCCAUCACCUUCAGGCGCAUCCAGCUGCCGGCCAGAGGCCACGACUGCAGACACAUACAGUGCUUCGACCUGGAGUCCUACCUGCAGCUGAACUGUGAAAGGGGAACCUGGAGGUGUCCCGUGUGCAAUAAGACGGCGCUGCUGGAGGGGCUGGAGGUGGACCAGUACAUGCUCGGGAUCCUCGUCUACAUCCAGAACUCCGACUACGAGGAGAUCACCAUCGACCCGGUGUGCGGCUGGAGGCCGGUGCCCGUCAAGCCCGACCUGCACAUAAAGGAGGAGCCCGACGGGCCGGUGCUGAAGCGCUGCCGCACCGUCAGCCCGAGUCACAUGGUGCUGCCCAACGUGAUGGAGAUGAUCGCCGCCCUGGGCCCCGCCUCCUCGCCCUACCACAGCUUGGGCGCCGGGGGGCGGAGCACCCCCGACUACAACCGGCCAGGCAGUCGAGGCUUCUCCGGCCAGUCGGGAUUCUCGGACUUCCCCAACACGCCCGGCACCCCGACCCUCGGGGAGUACUCCUCUCCCUCCGGCCCCCCGAUGGGAUAUCAGCCCGAGCAGACGUCCCACUCUGGACGAAUCGAACACGCCCACAGCAUCCUGCAGCAGCAGCAGCAGCAGCAGCACAGUUCGGCCGUCCACGGUAACCACGGUAACCAGGGCCUCGGCGACGCCGGCAGCCCGCUGUCGCAGCGCGGUGUCAAUACCCAGAAUGCCCGGCUGCAGGGCGAGGGCCCCUUCGUGCUGGGAGGCCCCGGCGGACCCGGAGGGGAGGGCGCCGAUCACGCUCUAGACGAACCGCAUCACUUCACUUUGCACGGUUGGAUCAACACCACAAACGCCCCCGGUAAACGCAGCGCUUCUUCCUGAGCUGACCAACCCGGACGAGCUGCUGUCCUACCUCGGCCCCCCCGACCUGCCCAGCAACAGCAGCGACGACCUGCUGUCUCUGUUCGAGAACAACUGACCGCCUUCCUCUUCCGGCUCCGCCUCUCUGAUCGCUGUAGCCCCGCCCCCGACGCUCCACAACCACGGCGCCGUCUCUCUCCGUGUGUGUGUGUGUGUGUGUGUGUGUGUGUGUGUGUGCGUCAGUGUAAAUGGUUGUUCUCUGUGUGUCUUUUCUUUUGUCUCUGAAUCGUCCCGCUGUGCUACAGAUCUCAGACCAGCAUUUUAAACGACGGCACAAAGCGGAUUCGAGCGUGCGGUGUUGAACCUGCAGGUGGUGGUCGUGGAGGCUGGAGGUCAACGGAAGCCGCUUGAGGGGGUUUUAACGGACACGUUAAUUCAACAGUUAUUUGCGCUUUUAGUUUUUUUACUGCGCACAUUCCCGGUAGUCGCCGCGUUUCUACCGUUUUUACCUCAAGGUCGUCGCGAAACGAAACACAGACUCAUCGACAUUGUGUUUAGUCUCCAGAGCUGUAACCCCCCCCCCCAUGAUGCAACCUCCCACUGCAUUAAGCGUAAAAGCUUGUGAUGUUCUUUUAUUCUUCUAUAUUUUAUUAAUCCCAUAAAAAGUUCCAGUGCUCUUCUCUUCUCUGGACAUCCUUGCUUCCUUUCCUUGGCUCCUCUCCACUUGUCUUGAUGCCACAUUAAAAAGCAGACCUAAAUGCAUCACUCUCCUUUUGAAGAUGUAUUUGGCUCGGGCUUUUAUUGUGAAAGGUAGGAAGAGGAGUGGCUCUGGUUGGUGAAACCUUGGUCCGAAGGAAAAUUAUUGCUGCUUUUGUGAAGCCUUGUAUUCCUUUUAGGAGUCGAGGAGGAAGAGGAGGAAGAGGGAGUAGGAAGGAGAUAUUUAACAAGCCGAAACUCUAAAGCCGUUAUUUUAAAGCUCCCAUUUGGGGUAAAUUUAAGUCUCAUUUAUACCAAAAAAAGUUGACGCCCUUUUCAUGUUUAAAUUAUGGGAAUCAUUCACCUUUACAUUUUCUUUCUUCAUACGUUUUGGCUUCACAAUCAAUUAAUUGUCAGCUUAAAAAAUACCACAAUCUCAUUAUUAUUAUUAUUAUUGCUUGUCGACUACUUUCAGCAGCGGGUGAAUCCACCGUGUGUUAGUAGAUAGUAUUAUUAGCGUUAUAUUAUUAGUAUUAAUUUGGAUCUUUUCAUGAGAUUAUCUGACAGAAAUGAAGAAAAUCUCCAGAUGACUUUGCAAUGUAAGAUAACGGCCUAAAAGAGAAAUAAAGCAGAUGUACAAAAGCCUUUCUUUUCUUAUCUAAACGUGACGUUUGGGAGCACUGUGAAAUAUAUGAACUAAGAGAGAAACUCCCGCCUCUCCCUCCCUUUGGUCCCGCCCCCUUUGGAAGCUUUUUAUUCAGGUUAUUCUUUAUUUUUCUCUCGAGCAUCCUGUAAAUGAGUACAGCCGUGUGUUCCUGGUAUAGUUUUCAUAGCGUGUAACACGCGUGUACCGUGUAAUCAGCUGUUUUCAUUAGAGAACGUGUGCGUAUCAAAUGAAUUUGUCAAUUAUGGUCAUUUUUAACGUCAUAUUUAGUUGGAUAACGGAUCGUCGUAUAAAUACUGUAUGUUAGAAGAAUUAUAAAGCUAUUGUAAAAAGGCGUGAGACAAACUGUUGUUGAUGCCACUUUUUGAAGCCGACGUUUGUCUUUUUCUUUCUUUUCUAUGAAUGAUUUAACCCUUCGUGGUCCAACAAGGAAGCGAGAAAUAAUCGAGCAACGCUGCGAUAUUAUAUUUGGAAAAUUACGGAAUAUUUAACUGCAAAAUUUGCUUGAAAAAAAAGGAAAAGUUUUUUUAAAAUGUAAACUAUUCCACAUAUUUUGUAACACAUUGUAAUUGCCAUUAUUUUCUAUUUAUUUUUUAAUCAUAACCUUCAUUGUACCUGCAGUUACCUUGUCCUGAAUCUCAGAAUUAAAAAUCACUUUAUUUGACAACAGUU